GUUAGUACCCACCCGCCAAAUUGAAUUGGGGAUUUAACGAGGGUUUAAGCCAUAUAAUAUCCAAAUCCAAAUCCCAUUUCUGUUUCACAGUCACAACCCUCCAUGUAAGCUUCAACAUCUGAUUCUUUUACUUACUCAUUUCCAUGGAGAUUCUUAGUUCCUCCCUUCUAUCCAAACCCCAUUUUUUAUCUCCUGUCUCACCUUUAUCUUCUCUAUCCUCAUUCACAACUUUUACAAAAAAAACUCCAUUAAAAAUUCACAAAACCCGUCUCAAUUCCUUCUCAAACUCCCCAUUUCCCACAGUUUCACCACACAAAAACAGAAUAAAUACCCAGAUUUUUGCUCGUAUUGUUCGUCCCACAAAGCGGAGGAACUCACUGAGAAAGAAGCUUGAUUCAAAGGUGCGUAAAAAUCCUCAUAAGCUUAUUGACCCAGUUCCUCAUUUUAUCGAUGAUGUUAAAUUAAAUUCAGUUUUAGGUAUUGAUAGUUUGGAAAAUGUUAGUGGGGAAUUGGGUGAAACUGAAACUUUUAAUGUAGAUAAUUCUAGAAAAUUUGGGGAAUCUGUUAUGUGGGAUAAAUUAGAUGGGUGGGUUGAACAAUAUAAAAAAGAUAUUGAGUUUUGGGGAAUUGGGUCUAAUCCAAUUUUUACUGUUUUUCAAGAUUCUAGAGGUAGUGUUGAGAAAGUAUUUAUUGAUGAAGAUGAGAUUUUGAGGAGGAAUGGAGUUGAGCCUUUGUAUUAUAAAGAAAAUAGAAAGUUGGAUGUUUUUAAUGAAGUAAAUUUGAAGAUUUUGCAUGCUAGGAAUUUAGCUAGAGAAAUCGAGGGAGGGAAUAAUGUGAUUUCAAAAAAUAGUUCUGUUACUAAAUUUGUGUUUUCUGGUGAGAAAUUAGGGUUUGUUAGCAGCAUUAAGAGAAUGUUUGUUCACCAAAAAUCGCUAACAAAGGUGUCGAGGGUUGGAAUUGCUAUUAUUUGUGGGUUUGUGUUUGUUUUGAUGAUCAAAAAGAUUUUUACUUUGAGAGAGAAGGAACCGGAGCUGACGGGAUUGGAGAAGGAGAUGUUGAAGAGAAAGAUGAAGUCAAGGAUGGUGAAACAGAAUUUAGAGAAGGGUAGUGUUGAAGUUGUGGAAGAGUUGUCUGAUUCGCUUAGUGUGUUUACCGAAAGGCCUCGUCUUGAUAAGGAGGAGGUGUUGAAUAGCAUUAGAGAAGCAAAGGGGUUGGAUAAAAGUCUAGUAGUGCUUGAUGUUGGCAGGGCGCAGGAGACUGCAUUCGGAGAAAUGAGUGCUAAGAUUAGGGAGAUACAGAAGAUGGCAAGAGAUGCGAGGAAGAUUGAGAAAGAAGAAGGCGUCUCUAGUGAGGAAAAUGAAUCGGAUGAACAAUAUACUUUCGACAAGUUAGAGUCGAUGGAAGAAGACAUUGUUGAAGGAUUUGAGGGUUCAAUUUGGAUUGGUGAAUCAGGAAAACAGGCUUCAAGUGUACCGUUUCCUUUAGGGAAAGAUAUUGAAGGACUUGAUGUUGUCGACAUGAAUUUUUCGAAGGACUUUCUGAAUGGAACUCGUACUGAAAUAAAGCAUGUCAAUGGCAUUUCGGAUUCUGAAAUCUUAGGCGAGCUAGAAAUGGAAAACAGUGAUUCUAACUUCAUCGGUGAACAGGAUGAGUAUAAUGAGGAUUUGGAGAUUCAUAGUGAUUCAAAUGGGACAAUUAUAAAUGACGAUGAAACCCCAUUAAGUAGUCUUGUUCAGAGCUUCGAUAUUUCUAAUUCGUCAAACUCUACUGAAGGGAUUGAUUCUUACAUUUCUAGCAGCCAACUGAACCCACCAAAGACAAUACCCGUGAGAAGAAAGUCCAAAAUCAUACGCUCAGUAAAAGAAGCUCGGGAGUAUCUCCUGCAAAAAAAUAGUGAAAGAGAUCAAGUUGGUGAUAUUACGACCUCAGCGGAUGCAAAAGAUGAGAGAAUGGACUUGAGCCCGAGAUUAGGAAAGGAUGAUGAAAUACCGGAGUCUUUUGAUUUAGUCAGGAAGGUCCCUGCUCCAAAGGUUUCGAAAUAUUACAAUGUUAAAGGAAAUGAAUGUUUGGCAACAGAUACUAAUGUAUUGAAGGUAGAAACAGAAAAUGAAAUGAAUCUGAUGAGACCUUAUGAUUCACCGAGUGCUGAAAAUUCAGGUGAUGCACAAAAUAUGGGUACAUUUAUGAAGGUUGAUGAGAUGUUCGAGCGCAUUGAUUCACAUGAAAGAUCUGACCCUAUUACCGGUGAAAACGAUUUUAGUGAUGUUAGCCAUGAAGCAAACGGACCCCACGUGACUGAAAAAAGUGUCGGAAAAGCAAACGAGCUGGGUGAAAUGCUCAAGGAAAAGAUGCAUCUCUCUGAUGUCAAAGAUGAUGUCGAACUUGGUCGAACCACUGAAAAACCUGAGCCUACAAAACUGAGCGAGAUACUUGCUCCCGGUGCUGGUUCUGACACCGAGGAAAAUGCAUAUCGUCCAACUGAAACACUUCAAAAUGCUGAAAAUGUAAUGAUCACUGAAAAAGAGAAUUGGUUGGAGAAGAAUUUUCAUGAAGUUGAGCCCAUAGUGAAGAAAAUUGGCAGUGGGUUUAGGAAUAGUUACAAUGUUGCUAGAGAGAAAAUAAAAGCGGAGGAGGAUACAAAAUUGGAUUUUAUGAAAAUAAAACAGGAGAUUGAUGAAAUGGAACUUGAGUGGAUGCAGGAUAGUAAACUUAGAGAAAUUGUUUUUAAAGUUCGAGAUAACGAAUUGGCGGGUAAGGAUCCGUUCCAUUCUAUGGAUAAUGAAGAUAAACUUGCAUUUUUCAAGGGUCUUGAAACUAAAGUUGAAAAAGAGAAUCAGAAGUUAUCGAUGCUGCAUGAAUGGCUUCAUUCAAACAUUGAAAAUAUUGAUUAUGGAACAGAUGGUAUAAGCUUAUAUGAUCCACCUGAAAAAGUUGUACCCAGAUGGAAAGGUCCACCGUUGGAUACAAUUCCCGAGUUUCUGAAUAACAGCCGAGAUCAGCAACCGGCAGCUUCAUCUGUUCAAAAGGUGAAUGAAUCGACGAAACAUGAUAAUGAUGUGACAUCCUUGAAAGCCAAUACCUCAAAGUCAAUGCGUAAAGAGAAGGGUGCUAAAUCGUCAAAAACUGUUAUAGAGGCAAGUGAUGGCUCGAUCAAACCUGGAAAGAGGUCUGGGAAAGAGUACUGGCAGCACACGAAAAAAUGGUCUCGUGGGUUUGUAGAAUCCUUUAACGCAGAGACUGAUCCUGAGGUGAAAUCGGUCAUGAAGGAUAUCGGGAAGGAUUUGGAUAGGUGGAUUACCGAAAAAGAAAUACAAGAUGCAGCUAAUUUGAUGGAUAAAAUUCCACAGAAAAGGAAGGAGAUUUUAGAGAAGAAACUAAGCAAGUUAAAGAGAGAAAUGGAGUUAUUUGGACCACAAGCUGUAGUAAGCAAGUAUCGUGAAUAUGCCGAACAAAAGGAAGAAGAUUACUUGUGGUGGUUAGAUCUUCCUCAUUUGCUGUGCCUUGAACUGUAUACUUAUGAAGGUGAAGACCAAAGGGUUGGAUUUUAUUCAUUAGAAAUGGCUGCAGAUCUUGAGCUCGAACCAAAGCCAAAUCAUGUAAUCGCCUUUCAAGACCCUGGCGAUUGCAAAAACUUUUGUUAUAUUUUACAAGGUCACUUGGAAAUGCUCGGCAAGGGAAAAGCAUUCAUUGUUCCGCAGCCUCCUAAGGAUGUCUUUCGACAAGCCAAAGGAAAUGGUUUUGGUGUCACUGUCAUUAGGAAAGGGGAGUUAAAGCUCAAUAUAGAUCAACCACUUGAAGAGGUGGAGGAAUUAAUUACCGAGAUCGGAAGCAAGAUGUACCAUGAUAAGAUGAUGCGGGAGCGCUCCGUUGAUAUAGACUCUUUGAUAAAGGGUGUAUUUGGUGUUAGUCCACCUUCCAAGAGAAAAAGAAAGAAGCGAGCACGGAAGAGACCCAGUAAACCAUGAACAUUAUGCCUUCUGAAGCUUAUAUAGGAUUAGCUCAGCACAAAAUUACUUCACCAGCCAAAUGAUCGGUUGGAAGAUGGUACUCCCGCGGAGGACCAUUUUCUCUUACAAAUUCAUCUGCAGGAGAAAUGGUCUUGCUCUUACCACAUUAUGGCAGUCUGAGCACACUAAACCUCGGUCUUUUUGGGAUGAUCCGUUACUGAAUCUGCCAUUAAGACCAGAGAAACUACUUGGUUUGAAAUGCCCCUAAGCAUGCUCAAAAGGACGCUCUCUUCCAACCGCUCUUUAGGGUAUGAUGAAUGUUGUGCUUCAAGAUAGAAUCAUCCUUUGAAUGACCCUUAAGGCUAGGAAAUCGGCGUUUUAAUGACAAUAUAACUAGGUAUGCUCUGUAUCGACAAGAUAUCUGUUUCACUCGGCAUCAUGCAUAAUCUCGAAUGCAGUUGUGGUAAUGGUGGUGAUGAUUUUGAUAUUUUGUACUAUAGUAAUGGUCCUUCAUGCUCAAUUGAAUAAAUUUUUAUGUGCUAGUCAUUUUGAGAAAAGAGACUGUUUUUAGCACAAGUUUGCCCCUCAAUUCAUCCUCAACUCUCAAGUCACAAGUGACAACCAUUGAUUCCAAGAUAUCCUUUCCUUUAAUGUAAAGUUAAAUAUGAUUCAUUAUGUAUUA